AUGGCUCUCCGGGCCGUAUUUGUCGUGGCUUGCCUGUGCUUGAGUUUAACUGCGCGCGGCGCCAAGCACUCCUUCACCGCGGGGGACAAGGUCACGCUCUGGGCCAACAAAGUGGGACCCUUCUCCUCGCCCAGUGAAACCUACCAGUACUACGACCUGCCCUUCUGCCAGCCUGAGAACAAGGACAACAAGCUCCUCACCCUGGGGGAGGUUGUGGAUGGGAACCGCAUGGUCGCCACUCCCUACGACCUCUCCUUCCGCGUCGACAAGGACAAAGCCACACUGUGCUCUCGCCACCUAGGCGUGGAGGACAUCAAGGCCUUCCGCACGGCCCUAGCCAAGGACUACUACUUCCAGUUCUUCUAUGACGACCUGCCCAUCUGGGGCUAUGUCGGCAAGGUGGAGACCAUCAAGGAUGCUGACAGCAAGGACACCAAGAAACUGUUCCUCUUCACACACAUCCACUUUGACAUCGCCUACAAUGAGGACCGCAUCAUCGAGAUUAACGUCUCGACCGACCCGACCCAGGUGGCAGAUCUGUCCGAGGGCGGCGCCGAGGAGCAAGACGUCACCUUCACUUACUCGGUGACCUGGAAGUCGUCCCUGCUUUCUUUUGACAAGCGCAUGGACAAGUACAGGAAGUACCAGUUCCUGAAGCAGCACCUGGAGAUCCACUGGUUCUCCAUCAUCAACUCCUGCGUCACCGUGCUGCUCCUCACCGGCUUCCUGGCCACCAUCCUCAUGCGCGUCCUGAAGAACGACUUUGUCAAGUACUCGCGCGACGACGAGGACCCCGACGACGCCGAGGAGUCUGGCUGGAAGUUUGUGCACGGCGACGUCUUCCGCUUCCCGCCCGCCCGCUCCCUCUUCUGCGCCCUGGUGGGCACCGGCACCCAGCUCCUCGUCCUGUCUUUCUGCGUGUUUGGCCUGGCCCUGGUGGGCGCAUUCUACCCCUACAACCGCGGCGCCAUGUUCACCGCCCUCAUCAUCCUCUAUGCCCUGACGGCGGGCAUCUCGGGGUACACCUCUGCGAGCUACUACCGCCAGAUGGAGGGCACCAAAUGGGUGGGCAACUUGCUCCUCACCUCCUCCAUCUUCUGCGGCCCCCUGUUUGCCAUCUUCUGCGUCAACAACACCGUCGCCAUCGCCUACGGGUCCACGGCCGCCCUGCCCUUCGGCACCAUCGUCAUCAUCCUCCUGCUCUGGGCGCUGGUCACCGUCCCCCUGACCAUCGUGGGCGGCGUGCUGGGCAAGAACACACGCACCGAGUUCGCGGCGCCCUGCCGCACCAACAAGUACCCCAGGGAGAUCCCUGAGCUGCCCUGGUACCGCAGUGUGAUGCCCCAGAUGGUGAUGGCCGGCUUCCUGCCCUUCUCCGCCAUCUACAUCGAGCUGUACUACAUCUUCGCCUCUGUCUGGGGGCACAAGGUUUACACCAUCUACUCCAUCCUCUUCAUCGUCUUCUGCAUCCUCUGCGUGGUCACCGCCUUCAUCACCGUGGCCCUCACCUAUUUCCAGCUGGCGGCGGAGGACCAUCGCUGGUGGUGGCGCAGCUUCCUGGCGGGCGGCUCCACGGGCAUCUUCGUGUACGCCUACUGCUUCUACUACUACUUGGCGCGCAGCGACAUGAACGGGCUCAUGCAGGCCACCUUCUACUUUGGCUACAACCUCAUGGUCUGCCUCGGCUUCUUCCUCCUCCUGGGCUACAUCGGCUGGCGGUCGUCCCUGCUCUUUGUGCGCCGCAUCUACCGUGCCAUCAAGUGCGAGUAG